CCAUGCCCUCUUCGUAUAAAAAGAGUCACACAACAUCUCUGUCUUCACCUCCACUAAAUAUCUUUCCCCAUACAAAAUCGCCGAUCAUUUCAUUACAGGUAUGGAGGCCAAACUGAUUGUAGUGGUUAUGUUUGUCUGUGCUGUUUGUCACGGCGUCAAAGCCAAUCUGCCGACACCAGUGAUUGUCAACACUAGCAUCACUAACACUGGCUGUGGAAGCACUAAACUAUGUGUGUCAAGUGCACCUAAUUGUGAUCCUUCAGGAAACUCCAGCUGCUUUUUCAGUUCCAUUCAAGUGAACAACCAAACUGCAUCCAUUGAACUCAGUGGCACAACAUCUGGAUAUGUCGCACUGGGACUCACUGCCAGUAACCAAUCAGAGGGAGGUGCUGUUGUGUUCAUCUGCGGCAACAGCAACAACACCGUAAACAGCACUUUCUUUUUUAACACUGCUACUCUAAAUGGCACGAUGCUGACGUCUGCUAAUGUGUCCACUGUACACACUGUUCAGGGUGCUUUAAAACAAAACCAGAGCCUCGUUCAGUGCACCUUCAGCACCACCACCAAUCUGACCAUCAACAACAGCAGCAACUUGAUAAUCAGUAACACCAGCACCUCUUACAUCACCAUCAUGAACGGAAGCUCAAACGGAACAAUGCUGAACAAUGCAAAUGUGGUGUUUAAUUACAGCGCACCAUUAAUCCUGACUAACAGCACAGUGAACGUUGUUAGCAGCACCUACACCGUUCAAUCACCGCUCAACAUCAGUCGUAAUGGCUGUGGCAGCUUGAAAAUGUGUUUGUCGAAGCCGUCUGCUUGCGAACCUGCAGGAUCCAGCUGCACUUUCAUGUCUUCUAAAGUGAACAACCAAACCAUUUUCUUUGAGCUCAGCGGCAGAACGUCUGGAUAUGUCGCACUGGGACUCACCAAACAGAAUUCCACUUAUGUGUUUGUCUGUGGCAACAACUACAACAGCAGCAGUUUUUUCUUUCAAACAGCCACUCAAAACGGCACAGUGUUGACUCCUGCUAGCGUGCCUACUGUAUACUAUUAUCAGGGUGAAGUAACACAAAACCAGAGUUUUAUUCAGUGCAUCUUCAACAUCACCACCAAUGCCGGUGACACCGUGUACAACAUCACCAUCUUGAAUGGAACCACUAACGGAACACAAAUGGGAACUGCAACAACACUGCUUGCCACCAGAGUAGGUUUAGACCUGUCUAAUUCCAGUGCACCACUCAUCCUGACCACCCAGAGUCCCCAGACUAAUCCUGCAAACGGCUGUAACUCAGUAGUCAGCCUCUGGACUCAUGUGUUGGCUGUGCUUCUCAGCGCAAUGAGUCUCCACUUCGUCACUUUACACAGUAUAAAUUAAGUAUAAAUGUGUGUUGAAAGUUACAAGUGUGUGUGUCUUUUAAAAUGUAAAAAGAAAACCUUUUUGGAAUAUAUAAAUGACAUUAAUUUACACCAAAUCGGAUUCUUUUUUUUCUUUAUAACUGUGAAUUAGAAUGCAAAUGUACUGAAUUAUUAAAGUAUGUUGCUUACGA